UGGUACUGAUGAGGGAUGAGUCAGGCUAUAUGAUGCUGAUGAUGCUGCCAUUUCAUCAGCAAAUUUUACAAACAUUCUUUCGUGUAUUAUUAUGAGAUUGAAGAUUCGAUUUCGGAAAUGGAUUUUUAAACAACAAUAACAAGUCUUAAUAUUAAUAUUAGGUGACGCUCUUGGUGAUUAUGGUUCUCGGUACGAUUGCACCGUUAUAAAGGAAACUAGUUGCAUAGGCUAUUAUUUGUAACAAAACCUGCUCGGAUGUGUGUGUGGAUGCUUUGCUUGGGGACGCAGCUUGUUUUACAAACCGACACACAAUGAAGACCAUGGGUUUUGCCUUUGCAAGACAUUAAGGAGCUUGACUGAGAUCUCAUGAGAUAUGGAAGCUAUAUGGCUAUACCAGUUCCGAUUGAUCGUCAUUGGCGACUCGACAGUAGGCAAGUCUUGUCUGAUCAGACGUUUCACAGAGGGGCGUUUUGCACAGGUGUCUGACCCCACCGUCGGAGUGGAUUUCUUUUCCCGUCUGGUGGAGAUUGAGCCAGGCAAACGCAUCAAACUGCAGAUCUGGGACACGGCUGGACAAGAGAGGUUCAGAUCUAUCACCAGGGCUUACUACCGUAAUUCAGUGGGUGGCCUGCUGCUGUUUGACAUCACUAAUCGUCGCUCCUUCCAGAAUGUCCAUGAGUGGCUAGAGGAGGCGCGCAGCCACGUGCAGCCGCACAACAUCGUCUUCCUGCUGGUGGGCCACAAGUGUGACCUGGAGCCGCAGCGGCAGGUGAGCCAGCAGGAAGCAGAGAAGCUGGCGGUGGCCUACGGCAUGCGCUAUGUGGAGACGUCGGCGCGCGACGCUAUUAACGUCGAACGAGCUUUCACAGAGCUGACACGUGAUAUCUUUGAGCUUGUCAAACGGGGCGACAUCACCAUCCAAGAAGGCUGGGAGGGGGUGAAGAGUGGCUUCGUGCCCAACGUAGUGCACUCGUCUGAGGAAGUGACCAAGAGUGAUCGCCGCUGCCUCUGCUGAUUGGCCAUGCCCUGCAGCUGCAUCAUGCUUCUCCUCUGCAAACCCAGUCAUAUUGUGCUCCUUUAGCUUGGCCUCUUACACUGCCUUCUCGAUCGGUGAGCUCCUGAACACAGCUGUAUAUAGCAGAACCCAGAUCCAUUUUUAGGACACUUCUAGGUUCCUUCAACCUCACUCCUGAGUAGUUCUGCACAAACCCAGGCCUUGAUCUUGUUCAAAUAUCAGUUUAAAGAUAAUGAAAGCACCAUUUUUAUUGCAAAGAAAAGAGCUCUGGACUAAACUGGAUGGACCAUGCACAGAAAAGCAUAACCAGGAAGAGUGUUACAUUAAGAAUGCUUAAAUAAGUGAAUACCUUGGCUCCUUGACCUAGUUGUGGUCUUAUGAACCCAAGACAGAAGGCAAAUUCAGCCAUCAGUGUCCUGUUCUCCCCCAACCUAAACAGUUUGUGGAGAUAUGAAAAGGCAGAAUCAUACAACUCAGAGUAUCACUACUGUACAUCUUUGGUUGCCACGUUGUGUUCUACUUUAUUACCAUCUAUUUGCUGUUUAUCUCAUUUGAAACAUUUUAAAGAAUGUUACCUGUUUUCACAGGAAGCAUGCAGCGAGCUUUCCAUUGAGCUUACUUGCUGGUCUGAUUUGCAAAUCUAACUCCAUUUCUGCUAUGAAUACAAGCGCCAUAACUUGGUUAUUCGUAAAUGAUUCACUCACAUGCAGUAACCUCUGAUGUUUAACUAUUAACCGGGAUGUCAGAUGGAACAUUUCAGAGAUGCAAAGAAGGACAAGUGUAACGCAAACACCAGUCACAGCUUUUAAAAACGACGACAUCUGUUUCCUCCUUAUUAUUCUAGCAUCUAGUCUCUUUUCCUUUCUGAUCCAGUCUUUAAACGAACAUUCGGAAUAGGGUCUUCUUUAGCGCUUUAACCCUUUCAUAUCCAUCAAAGAAAUUUUAUUGUUUGACUAUUAACCAAUACAUUGUCAUUUAACAGGUUGAACCAACUAUUAGCUAUGUAUUUAUUGAUCUUGUAUGAAAGAUGAAAUGUAAUACCAAUAAAAUGUGACAUGAAAGAUUAUUAAUGAAAGACUA